CGUUAGGUGGCCGUCUGAGAUGCAUCUGAGCGUGGCGAACUGGGUGGGGGAAGCAACUCAGGCUAGUGACAUACCUGAGAACGCCGUCCUUCGACUCACCAGUUUACCGCCGGAGGAGCUUCACUUGCUGACUUAUACCUGCUAACACACCACUCACAGAGUGCGUGAAUGCAGGUGUGCAUCCGUCGCAGCCAUGAUCACUCUCUGCCAUCUGCUCCUGGUGGCUGCCCCGAGGACCUUGCUUGGACACACUACAUUGCUUCCACCCUCCUCAGAGAGCCUAGCUAAGGAUUCAAUACCUCCCCGGGUUAAUGAUACAAAUUACUUCCUAUCUUCCACGAAACCCCCUGGGGAAGUAAAGUUUUCGAAACCUUAUGUCCUGAUUGACGAAGAGAUGACGACACUCCUGCCACAGCUCAAGGAACAGUUUGCGCAUCGCCGGACUAGUAACCAUGGCAAGGAAGCAUUUGACGGACUGUGUGAUGUUCAAAAAAAUAUCCUUGAAAGCUUCAGUGCUCGGGGGGAGAAACUUCUAGACGCGGCCAUAGGAAACAUGAAAAGUGACAUCGAUAGUGUUGAAAAAUCAUCUCUCAGUCUAUGGAGUAAUGGUGACAUGAAUGAUAUACCCACGGGAACUCCUCGACAAGAUUCCAUGGAUAGCAAAAGGCAAACUAUUUGGGAACAUCCUGAGAAAUAUGGUACCUUAAGGAAUGUACAAACACUUCAUUUUAUUAAAACUGGAAGCCUAGCUGGAAGGAGUGGCGGCGCGGCAUCCCCCGUGCCACUCUCCCGGGUCAGGCGCGGGUGUAGCAGCUUCAUCGCUUUCCCUUUCCUGGUGUUCCUUAUCGGUGCCUUAUCUUCCGCCAUAAACAUUAUCAACGGCAUCGGCAACAACAACAACAACAACAACAACAACAAUAAUAAUAACAAUAACAACAACAAUAAUAAUAAUAACAAUAAUAACAAUAAUAAUAACAACAACGAUGCGAGACAUUUCACCCCCCUGAACGUGAACGAAGACAACUGGGCGAGGCUACUGCAGAAGCUGGCGAGUGAUGGAGGAGGGGCGUGGCGAGAGGCUGCCUCCCUCUUACGUCAUUCCCUUACGCCAGCAGGCCUCGUGACUCAGUUAUCUCUAGUCAAGUUUAAAGUAUUCAUGCUGUUAUGAAAAGGCGUCUUUUUUCGUUGCUGUACCAAGAGGAAGAUUCCAGACUACGCAAUACUUCUGUCGGAGAUAUUAAGGAAAAGUUUGGCUUAGAGGGUGAAUGAUGCCAACUUCCAAGACAGAAAAUGAGAAAUCACUUUCUGGCAUCAUGGAAGAGCAUCAGCUUAUGAAUAGAAACAGUGGAGUGGCGCUGUGUGAAGACAUGUUUGACGAAGAUGAAACACCCUUGAUUAUUGAUGAAGGCUGCUUGCCACAGGAGGACAACCAUGAAAAGUUAACAGGUGGACAAGCAUCAAAAUUAAUCAAACUAAAAGCAAGAAAAGUCAUGCAAGAAACAACAAACACAUAUCCCUGUCUGGAGUGUGGGAAGAAGUUUAGACGGAAAGUUAAGCUCCAGGCUCACCUCCUCACCCACAAGUCCAAAGAGGAGAUGGAAUGUGAGAAUUGUGGAAAGAAGUUUCGCAAAGUGGAAUUACUCUUUGAUCAUGUGUGCAGUGGUAUUGGCAACAGCUACAAGUGUUCAGACUGUGAUGAGUGGUUCAGACUCAAGAGAGAUCUCACAGUUCAUCAGCAAAAACACAAGAAAGUAUCCACUUCUGAUGGAGUAUUGGAUGAGAAAGACACCUCAGAAGAUUUGGAUUUUUCCUCCUUUGUUGCUUCCUUUGUGAAAUGGCCCAUCUCAUGUACUCACUGUAGAGUUGAGUUAGCCAAUCUUGAAAACUAUAAUGUUCAUAUGGCUGCUCAUAAGGAGGGGCAGCCUUGUGUCUGUGCAGUGUGCAAGAUGAAGUUUUUGUGCAGAGACGACUAUUUACUCCAUAAAGACCUUUGUCAUAUAGAAGGAAUUUUUGAGUGUACUCGUUGCAGUAAGAGAUUCCACACUGAGAAGAAGCUUGGUGAGCAUUUGGAAACUCAUUGUGGAGAGGGAACAUGUUGUGAUACUUGUGGACUAAGUUUUAUGAGUAAAGACAAGCUAGCAUCUCACAUGAAAGUUCAUAAAGUGAAUGUAUUUGUGUGUGGAAAGUGUAAAAUAAUAUUCAAAUGUAACAGUUCCUUUAAGAAUCACACAUGCAGUAUCCAAGAUAGUAGUGAGAAGAAGUUUUAUACAUUCGGUGACACUCCAAAGAAAAAAGUGAAUGAACAGUGUCUGAGUUCAGUGUCAGCUGAUGAUGAAAGUGACAGUGAGGAUCCUGAUCUCUGUCAGGUGGUUAGUGAGUCUCACUUGUGCAAGGUGUGUGGAGAUUCAUUUAAACAGAAAGAUGAUCUUAAAUUACACCUUACAAAUCAUUUUCAAUGCAUAGAGUGUAAAAAGUAUUUUAAGAACCAAACUGAUUUGGACAUGCAUGCGUUUUUGCUUGCAGAGGAAAAGGUUUAUUCCUGCUGUCUGUGUGAGGCUAUUGUGCAUGGUAAGAAAGAACUUGAGUAUCAUCUGUCACAGCAUUUAGCAUCAGAUGAUGUGCCAGUGGAUGAUUUAGAAUGGGAUGAUAACACUGAGGGUGUUCAGAAUGUUAUCCCAAGUUUAGAUGCUACAGAAUCCACACAGCCCACCUUGCUGGAAAGCUCUGCUGGAAAUGUUAAGAUGCACAAAGUUGUACCUGCUGGCAAUAAUGCACUGAAGUGUUCAAGCUGUGGGAAAUUUGUCCUUCUGCACCAUAGUCUCUCAGCACACAUAGAACCAAAUACACCAGUAACUGAUUCAGAUGAAGAGUAUGUUUAUAUCUCCAGAUUGGGAAGUCCACAAAAUAAGAACAAGCAGAAAGAGGAAACUUACUGUACAUGUCACCAUAGAUUAGAUUUUGGCCUAAGUGAACAGAGUCCAAGUAAAUCUCUCAAUGAAUAUGAAUGCCAAGAGGUUCAGAACCUGAUAAAUGCCUCUCAAAUAUCAACCCAUUUACCUCCACCUAAAUCAGCUCAUGAGUCUCUUGACUCCAAAUCAGAAUCAUUCCUUAGUGAGGUCACAGAAGACAACUCUAUGGUGCAGAUGGAUGUUAGCAAUGAUAAAGAGGGGAAUUCUGAUAAACCUGAUGACUUUGAUGAAAUGUUAAAGCCUGAGACAGAGGCAAGCUGUAAAGCAUCAAUGAAUUCCAAUCAGUUGCUGAAUGGAGAUUCAAUGAACAGUUCUGCAUCAAAUAUCUCAGAACAUGUAGUAAAAAUAAAUGGUAAGAAUAGAUCUGAUAACUCGAAAGUGUCUUUAUAUAAUAAAGAAGUAUCAUCUCCCAAAAGAUCAGGUAUCAAGGUAAUUAAAGUUGAUAAAAAUGUUGAACCUUUACCUCAGAAAGCAAAUGUGAAAGAAGUCGUGUUGAAUAGUAACACAGGAAGUGGAAAUAUGCUAAUUGGGAAACCUAUGAGAAUUGUAGUCUCAACAGGAUUAUUUGGAGCUUCAGGUCUCAAUCUUGCACCGCUUCCUGUACUCAAUAGCAAUGAUGUAAAGAAGUCCGCAUCUUCACUGAAAAAUUCUGGUACAAAGAGAUCACAACCUGAAAUGAGUCUUGUUAACCAAGAGGAAUUAAUUUUGCACUCUCUUACAGGAGAUGAUAUUAGUAAGAGUUUUCCGGAGACUUCAGUAUCCAUACCAAAGAAAAUCAAGCAAGAAAGAUCCAUUAAAAAACUACCACCUUCAAAGCACAAAGAUAAAACAGAAUUCAUUGCUUCCCAAUCCAAGGGAAAUUCACUGAAGGUUUCAAUCAGUAAAAAAUUAAUUACCAGCUCUAAACCUCAGAAAGUUAAAGCUGAAAAAAGAAAAAAUGUAAACCAGCAAGUAUUGAAUCCUUCCAAUGUUACUGAGAUGAAGGAGGCCAAGCAUGCUAGAAAACCAAAGGAUCUCAGUAAAGAAGAUCCAGUGCUGAGAGUUAGUGGUAAAAGAGAGAGGCCAUCAAAGAGAAGGCCUCCAUUUAGGAAAAGGGAACAAGGAAAACAUAAGACGAGGUCAGAUGCUUCUAUGCCAAAUACUAAUGGUAGUGAUCCUUGUUAUGUUCCUGAAAGCAACAUGAUUUUCAAGGUGGAACAGCUUGCCUAUGAAUCGGAUGAAGAUGAGGAUGAGGAGGAGUCCCUUGAUUUUAGUGGAAUUAAAAAGGAGUUCCUUGCCUCAGAUGUUUUCAUUAAGGAGGAGGAGUGGGAUAUUGUUGACUUCUGAGUAAAGUUUAUGUGAUGAGGAGUUCACCUUCAUAUUAUCUGUUGUUAUGUUAAAUGAUUUACAUGAAGUUAAUUUUAAUGUGUUAUUAUAUUUCAAUUCGAAGUUACGUAGUGGACAAUUUAGGUACUUGUGUUGUGACUGAAUUUUUCAUAAUUUCAUGUAAUUUAUUUAUCCCUCUGGAGUUCAACAUGUAUAUAGCAAGAUAAUUUCUGAGGUUUGCCAUGCCUUGACUUUUUUAUAAAUUUUAUGUUUAUGAAUAAUGUAUUUUAUACUUAAACAGUUACCAUUUCUGUUAAGCUUUUAAAACUAACUUUUCAUUGAUUUUCUCAUAUUUUCUUUAAUUCAGUUAUUUGUUUGGAUUUCAAUGUGUAUAUAGUCAUUUUUAUUUACAAACAUUACAUUUUACACUCCUAUUUAGUCUAUCAUGUUGAAGCUUUUCAAAAGCUGUAACUCAAUGAGAGGUACUUUUAAUAUAUAUGCUUGGACUUUUUCAUUAAAUUACAAUGAGUGAUCUUGCUCUGUAAUACUGGAAACAGUUUUAUAUUCUUUCAUUGUAUGGCUUCAAAAAAAAGUAUGAGCGAGGAAGUGGAGUACAUGCACAUAUAUAUAUGGUAAUUGUCCUGUGAACAGUGCAAAUUUAUACUGAUAUAUUGUGAUUACAAAAGCAAUUUGAUAAUGAAGGUUAUUUUAUAGUACCUGAGAGCACAUAGCUAUAUUUAGUUACUUGGAUAGAAUAGGAAAGAUUUUCAGACAGUUAUUGCAUACUGUAAUAUUUAAAUAAGACCAUUAAGACUGAGUCAUUACCUGCCCAUAGUCUUUUUUACUGUCAAAGCUGCUUUUUUUCCCUCCUCACGCAGCAAACUAUGCAUUCACUUUUGUCACUGCAAUUUAUUGGAUUUUCUGGAUGGGUACUUUUAUUUAAUAUCUUGAUUUUUUUUCUUUCCUUUCUUCCUCUGAUUCCAUAUAUUGUGAAUCAGAACCCCUUUUUGCUUCAUUUUUUUUCCUCUUCAAAUUCUAAACUCCACCUGAACAACCCAAUCCAGAAAGUUAUAUCUCAGGCCAGUUGUGUGGAUCACUCAGUAUGCUGCAUUAUGUACAGCAUUAUGUACUCUGUAUAAUAAAAUAUUGUACAUAAAAGGAUAAAGAAA